AUGCCGAUUUCCUACCGACCAUUAGGCGUGCUCGUCUCCUCCGCGGUUCCCGGAGCAGAGGCGCUAAGCGUCAACGCGGCCAGGCAGCGCGCCGCCGCGACAGCGCUGAAGGUGGAGACGGCCAUGCAGCGCGCGGUGAGCGCGCUAAGCGCGGAGGUGGCGCAGCAGCGCGCCGUGAAAGCGGGUCUCAAGUUCGUCAAGUCCCUCCUCCCCAACCUCUUUCCGCCGCCCCCGCCUGCCCCCAGGCUGUACAGCGUCGAUCAUGGGAAUGGACGCGUGAGAGCAAAGUUCAGCCUCGCCGUCCCCUACCAUGCUGCGACCAAGCCCACGCAGUUCCGCCUGACCGUCGCGGGCUUGGUCAGGCCGCCGAUGAACUUGAGGCUCGUAGCGCAGCCUCGGAUUGGAAUCGACUUGGCCGUGCUCGGGGAGAACUUGCAGUGCUCGAAACUUGCGCCGAGCGUGUGGGACUGCUUCGGCCAGACCCAAUUCACCCAAGCCAACAUCGACGAUAUCGGAUUCACGGCUGGUGUGGGCGCUGACCUCAAUUCCCACCUUCUCUUUCUCGUGUACCCGGAGGCGCACAACCCUCGGGGAGGGGAAACGACCGGUGCGAACCUCACGACCGCUCCGCCGCAUUGGACAAUGCAGCAAGUCUUCGGUCACAACGAUCUGGUGAGAGGAGUUCCAACUGCCGGAAGGUUGCAGGCUAUCAUCAACGGAGAUCAGCUCAAGGGAGGAGCAACGGUUGCCAUCUCCAAUAAGAAGGGCAAGAGCAUGAUGCAUGUGAGCAUCGUAAUCAUCCAUGCCCAGGACCUGAUGGCAGCGGCAAAGAUCUCCGUCGUUUAUCUUCGUACCCAACAAACCGUCCACGUUCCUAUCAAGUGCACGUGGGCGCGGCCCAGGCCCAGCGUGCACGUGUGCGAGGUCAAGACGGAUUUCCCCAGCAAAAUCGACACCUCCUCCUUAACCACUCUAAAGCCUGCACAUUCAGCCACCCCAAAAACGGCAGACCUGGAGUUAAAGGUUGUUGUGGUGUCACAGGCACUGGCAGAAGCCUCUGAAGACACGCUGCGCUACACGCUCUGA